GCGAUUAGUUAAAGUGCAGCAGUCGUAGAGAACGGACGCGUGUGUGCAGUUAUUUCCUCCAGCUACAUCGACUAUAGUUUUACAUUCAGCGUGUGACGUCAUCGAUCAUGAGCUCAUCUUUGCAGUUGUUCAGUCUUGCUGCUGCGCUGCUGCUGCUGKCUCUUUGCGGUGGCGCCGAUGCCCAGUUUAAGACGGCGGGCAUCAAAACCCGUCAGCCUGUACAGGUUGCCGGCAAUCUACAGCUAUACGGCAAUGCCAGCAGCGAGUACAACCAAACCCAGUACCAGACCCAGACCCAGACUCAGUAUAGCACCUAUGGCAACUAUGCCAAUUUCGUGCCCGCCGAGACAUAUCAAGGAGCAUCGGGACAUUAUGUUCAAUCGCUCAAUCAGGUGCAUCGUCCGCCCCAGAUCCUGGACGAGACGGCGCUGUUCAUCAACAAGACCCGCUCGGCUAUGGCUAGCGGCAUUUGCUAUAAGGAAGUGCCACCCUGUAAAAAUGGCCGUUGCAUUGCGCCCAACACAUGCGAAUGCGCCCCGGGAUACGAUUGGGAGCGUAAGAGUGGACAGUGUGUGCCGCACUGCGAUUUGCCCUGUUUGAAUGGCGUCUGCAUCGGGCAGAAUAAGUGCGAAUGUAAAUUGGGCUAUGUCGUGGAUGAGCGUCGGCCGAAUCUCUGCCAGCCGCAUUGUCCUCAGGGUUGUCCCAAUGGCUACUGCAGCGCGCCAAACUUCUGCAUCUGCAAGCCGGGCUUCAUCAAGAGUGGCAUCAAGGGACGCCAGAGCUGUCAGCCCGUCUGAAUAAUUGGAUUUGUCAUCGUGAAUUUAUUUGCAUUUUUUCCAUUUUUGAUUUGUUAUUUAAGAGCUACGACCAAUUAAAGAGACGACCAAUUAACGCAUUAAACUCGUA